CGGCGCACCUCAACUUCCAGAGCAGCAUGAAGAGAUAUGAGAGUCGUCGGGCGGCGCGCUACCGCCAUGUCACCUAGAGAGAAACAUUUAGCGCUUCUCUCAGUUUUAGGCCUAAUUGCUCUAGUUUUUUAUUAUAUACCUACCUUCAUUUACGCAACUUUAAUCCUAUCAGUUUGCUGUUUUGCCUUUUACUAUCGCAGUGGAGUGCAUCUUCCCGCCAGGUUAGGCCCGAGUCCUCGGGGUGGGCUAAACGUCCCGGCCGUGCUCCGGCGCUGGUUGCCGGGCUGGGAGACGACUGGCCUGUCGGUGGCUGCGCGUGGGAGACCUACAAGCAGCAGCUACAGAGCUGAGCACCGGGAAACGGAGGGACAGUUUAGUCAAAGACCUAGCGAAACCGUGAUUUAUCGAAGGGAAGCUUUGACAAGAGACUCGUUUCUUUUCAGCCCCCGGGAUUUUCUCAUGGGGAGUUACAUCGGCAAACCCGAAAGUCCAACCGCCGAAUCUGGGAGGCCAAGACCCGGGAGAAACCCCCGAGAGCAGCUGCGGGAAAGGCUGGCCAGACCUAACUAUGCUGUUUACACCCCGAACAGGAGGCUUUCAUUCACUGGUGAGCCGCUGGGUGCAACGGGCAGGUUCACCAUCACGCCUCAGCGUCACUACCCCCUGCAGCAGACGGGGGUGUCCUCAGUGGGAGUCCUGCCCCCCGUCAAGUGGGACGGCUUCAGGAAGAAGAAUGUCCUGAGUCCUCGUAAUUCCCCAGCUGCCCUCAGCCCCGUCACCGUGAAGAUCGCAAGGCCUGAACAUAGGAACCCCAGUGGGAAUCAUCUGAGCUGUGCUGGGCUCAACCGGGCCCCUCCGGACCCCUGCUCCAGAGAGAGUGUCCUGAGGGUGUUGAAGGAAAGCCGCAAGAGAGAAGUGGAGGACGAGGACAGGAGCUUCACAACAGAGCAAAGAAGCAAACGAAGGCGUAGUGACAGCGAUGGAAGUGCUCACUCUGCCUUUGAGCCUCUGCUGCCCAAUGGAGCACCAUCCCAGCUGGUCCCCAAACCAGGGAGCCUAAAACGAGGCAUGACCUCUGCGAUAGACGAGACCACUAUGAAGAGGUCCCGCACCUCCUCGAUCAGCUCUGGUUUUGGGAUUCAUGCUCCAAGAGGAACCCCUGGCACCAGGAGAAACGCCAUCCAAAGCUCCUACAGCUCCUCGGCUGGCCUCAGCCAGUGGAAGAAACCAUCAGCUCCUAGCUCUACUCUCUCCAGCCCUGAGUCAUCUCGCUCUCAGACUCCAGAGGGAGCCUCUAAAAGACCCAGAGAGGAGGACAUUCAGUCUCCCAGCUCAGCAUCUUCUGUCAGGUCAGACCACACAGCGUUAGACAAAGCUCCUGAUACUUCAAAACAAACUCCAGUCCUCAAAGUCCCAGUAACAACAACGACAGACUCAACUGGAAGUGGUGGGAAGAGAAAAAGAAAGAUCCAACUGGUGUCCAGCAACCGGGAUGAUCAAAUCUCUCUGCCUCCACCCCCUGAGCUGGGUUACACCAUCACAGCUAAAGAUCUGGACGAGGAGAAAAAGGCAGCCAUCAGUAAGAUCCAGAAAGUCUUGGAGACACCUGCCCCAGAACCAGAGAAGUCUGUGUCUCCAGCAGACACCACUUCCACUCAGCCUGCUGCAUCUACCGCCACCCUGAGCAGCUUCCUGGCAGGUCCUCUGCCCAGAUCCACCUCUGCCAUUCCAGUAAUCAACCUGGAUCCGAGCCCAGGCAGCAGUGCAGCCCCUGCAGUCGCCAACAGUCUGCUAGAGGCCCUCAAGAUGAAGAUAAGUGUCCCCGCUAGCUCCACAUCUGCUGCCAACACUACCACAGUGUCUGUAUCAGCCACACCUGCACCUGCCAUUACCUUUAACCUGAAUGCAUCGACUACAGCCCCCACAAUGCCCCCUGCCUCUCAGUCUCAGCCCUCCUCUGCAGGUGUUAUGGGCCAACCCUCUGUCUUGAAUCAGGUGCUGGCUCAGGUCUCUAAGGUACCCACUAGCAUCCCUGCUGCAUUUAUGACAGGGCCAACCCUGUUUGGGCAGUCCAGCCAGAUCAGCACCACCUCUGUUCCUUCAGCCUCCACCGCAGUCACCACGGCUGCUGCCCCUGCCCCAGCAAGCAGCUCUCAGCCUGUCCGGAACACAAACCCUCUUCUGACUGCAGGGUUCAAGCCCAUCUUUGCUGCUGCCACAACCACUUCCUCAGAUGCAGCUUCUUCAGAAAGCAAACCCCUCGACCAGACUUUCAAGCCCAUCUUUCCACUGCCCUCCUCCAUCUCGGCCACCUCUACAGCCUCCACCCUCUCUGCGAGCAAUACAACGUCAGUGUUCGGUUUGACGACAAGUAGCUCCACAAUUGCCCGACCUUCUUUCUCCGGCUUUAAUAACACCUCUGCUGGCACCGCUUCUCUGGGCGCCGUCACAACUACCCAGCCUGCAGUCAAAUCAGAGACUAAAUCCCUCUUUGGAAGCUGGUCCACACCAUCCACAACCAGCAGCAGCUCUGCCUCAGUGCAGCCUCCUAGUACAGGGAGCACAUUUCAGUUUGGAGCAGCGGCCACCACCACUGCAGCAACAACUGCUGCUCCUGCAACUACCACCUCCAAUACGACCGGCUUCAGCUUCGGAGCCACGCAGCCUGAUCCCCAAGCUCCUAAAGUGUUUUCCAUCGGUCAGACCACAUCCAUCCAAAACACAACCAGUGCUUCAUUUGGAGGCUUCGCUAUGGCCAACACAGUUUCCACUGCUGCCCCAACCUCCACCACCCAGUCCACUUUCGCCUUUGGAAAGCCAGCAUUUGAGGCAACAGCGGCACAGCCGACCUUCAGCUCUUCAUCGGCCCCUUCAAAACCCUUCACCUUUGAUGCUGGCGGAGCAUCCACACCUGCAGCUGGUGCCGCCCCAGCACCGGCUUCGUUCACCUUCGGGGCUCCAGCUGCCACCGCCACAACGGCAGCUCCUAGUUUCGGGACUCCAGCUAAACCAGCAUUUGGAGCCAGCUCCACUGGUUUUGCAUUUGGCACCAAUGCAGCUCCUUCAGCCCCACCCCCAGUUCCACCAAGUUUCGGCACAGCGACGCAGACUCAGAGCUCCUCCUCGGCCUCCUUCGCGUUCGGAAGCGCUGCCCCUCAGUCGGCUCCGUCCGGGUCAGCUCAGCCUGCGACUGGUGGGUUUAACUUUGGAGCCAGUAUGCCAUGCCCCCAGUUUGGAACUCCAGUUUCCAGUAGUCCAGCCCCACAGAUGGGAAGCUUCAACUUUGGUGCUGCUGCUGCUGCUUCAGACAAACCAGUUUUUGGGACGUUGACUCCGUCGUUUGGCCUGGUUGCUACUCCGGGCCCAACUCCCUUUGGAAGUCCUGCAACUCCAGUCCAAGGCUUUAACGCUGUUCCCUUCGGCUCUCCUGCGACCCCCACCUUUUCUAUUGGAGCUGGACCGAAGCCGUCUGGAGCUCAGGUACGAAGGCUGCAGGCACGAAGGCAGCACAACAGGAAGAAGUAACCCAUCGAACGCGUCCCAACACCGUUUUCAGAGGACGACGGCUAACCUGACUAACACGGCUCCAUGAUUUUAGCUCCAACAUCCUCCAAUCAGGCUGCCACAUCCCCUCCUUUGUUUCCUUCCUGUCCAGCAGCAGUGUGUGCUGGCCCAGAGCAUUGGGUUUGCAGAGGAGUUGGAGCUUCCUGAGUUCAUGCGGCCUGAAUGAGGGAAUGUCACAGCGGGACGAAAGGAUCCACAACAAUGUGCUAUACUUGAAGAAAGAGAAAACAGACAGUCGAGUUGUUUGAUUCUGAACAAAAGUAUAUCCAAAGUUUCCUUCUCUCUUUACACAGACACUCCCACUGGUUGGUCUCGAGGAGAAAACUGAGCCUCGGCUCAGACAUUUAUUUUUUUAUGUGAUCUCUGGUUUGUAUGUUACCGAAUGUUUGGGUGGAUUGAGUCUGAACAGGAGAAACGCACAUCUGAUUCAGACGAGGUACACGAGUGAAAUGUAAUUGCAUUUAAAUUAUUUUUGUAAUUGGCUCUCUGACCUUGUAAAUGAAUGAAUGAUGUUUCUGCAUUUCAAGAGCAACUUGGUUAAUGUCUUAAUGAAGUUUUUAGCAGGCGCUCGUGCUCUGGUUUCAUAUCAAUAUUGUCAACAUUCCCAGAGUCCUCUCAUGGAUAUCCGUUUUUCCCUUUAUCCUAAUCCCUGUUUUGUUUAUCUGGAGCUUUUCCCAACACUGAUGUAAGUACCGGGUCAGUUUGUGAUUAGGAUGACUACUCCUGACCUGUGCAGACAAACCAAAGCCAACUGUUCAACUCCUUGCCUGUGAAAAGAAUCUGUGAUUUCACCCUUAAAUGCUGAGACGUGUGUGUGUUUGUGCCAGACUACCUCUUUUUAAUUCCAGGCACUGAAAUAUUUUUGUUAAUCCGUAGAUUGGAUUUUAAUUUUAGCCACCGAUCUGUGUAAAUGGUUUAAAAUAUCUGCACAACGCACCACCACGAUUUCAGAAACAUUGUUGUUGCAGUGGUUUACAGAAUAUUAACCUGACACGAGGUUAUUUUCAAACACAGACUGAAUUGGGACUGUUUUGUACUCGCUUAUGACAAACCGUGAUGGAUACAAGGAGGUUGUUUUUAAUGUUUUGCACCAUGGUUUCUGGAAUUUUUGUCGGGUCCUUGUUUCAUGUCGACUGUUGCAUCAAAAUGGUCUGUUUCUCAGUAAUAUUCACUCUCAUGUGAAACCUGAACAGUAUCUGAGUUAGUUUCUAAUGAUUUUGUUUUUCUGAAUUAAUAAAAUCAGAGUUUGAGAUGUGAAUGUUCAAUCUUGUACACAUAAAACUCUUUUAAGUUAUGAGUGUGCUUUUCUGCGACUGGGCGAUGGUGGCUUAAAUGACUUGUUUGGUAACUAUUUUCUUUCUAGUUUCGUCGGAAAGGAAAUACUUUAUUAAAAUGUGUAAAACAACAA